GGGGUCUGUGGGCCCCGCUUGACUCUUUCCCUCACCAGGCCUGGCUGCAGCAGUAUGGGUACCUCCCCCCUGGCGACUUGCGGACCCACACCCAGCGCUCACCCCAGUCGCUCUCGGCCGCCAUCAGCGCCAUGCAGAGCUUCUACGGUCUGCGGGUCACUGGGACUGCUGACACUGACACCAUGAGGGCCAUGCAGCGGCCCCGCUGUGGCGUCCCAGAUAAGUUUGGGGCCGAGAUCAAGGCCAAUGUGCGGCGCCGGCGCUACGCCAUCCAGGGCCUGAAAUGGCAGCACGACGAGAUUACAUUCUGCAUCCAGAACUACACACCCAAGGUGGGUGAGGCGGCCACGCUGGAGGCCAUCCGCCGGGCCUUUGGGGUGUGGGGGGCGGCCACGCCGCUGCGCUUCCGCGAGGUGCCCUACUCCCACGUGCGCCAGGGCCGGGCGCCCCAGGCCGACAUCAUGAUCUUCUUCGCCGAGGGCUUCCACGGCGACAGCACCCCCUUCGACGGGGAGGGGGGCUUCCUGGCCCACGCCUACUUCCCCGGCCCCCACAUCGGCGGCGACACCCACUUCGACUUGGCCGAGCCCUGGACCGUCCGCAACGAUGACCUGAAUGGGAACGACAUCUUCCUGGUGGCCUUGCAUGAGCUUGGCCACGCGCUGGGGCUGGAGCAUUCGAAAGACCCCUCGGCCAUCAUGGCGCCCUUCUACCAGUGGAUGGACACCGAGAACUUUGUGCUGCCGGACGACGAUCUGCGGGGCAUCCAGCAGCUUUACGGGAGCAAGUCGCGGGUCCCCACCAGGGCCCCUCCGGUGCCCCGCACCACGGCCAGGCCUAAUGUGCCUGAUGAGCCCAGCAACCCCCCCUAUGGCCCCAACAUCUGUGACGGCAACUUUGACACCAUCGCUGUCCUGCGUGGGGAGAUGUUCGUCUUCAAGGUGUGUGGGGGGGCUGCGGGUUGGGAAUAUUACCGUUUCAAUGAGGAGAGCCGCUCGGUGGAUGCCGAGUACCCCAAGAACGUCGCCGUCUGGGAGGGGAUUCCUGAGUCACCCCGUGGGGCCUUCAUGGGCAGCGACGAAGCCUUCACCUAUUUCUACAAGGGUGGCCGCUACUGGAAGUUCAACAACCAGCAGCUGCGGGUGGAACCGGGCUACCCCAAGUCGGCGCUGCGGGACUGGCUGGGCUGCAGGGGCGGCCGGCGCGAGGAUGACGAGCGGGAGGAGACCGAGGUCAUCGUCAUCGAGGUGGACGAGGCGGGGGGCGGGGCGGUGGACAUGGCCGCCGUGGUGCUCCCCGUCAUGCUGCUGCUCUGCGCCCUGGCGCUGGGCGCCGCCAUCCUGGUCUUCAAACGCCGCGGGACCCCCAAGCGGCUGCUGCACUGCCAGCGCUCCCUGCUGGACAAGGUGUGAGGGGUGGGGCUCCCCGGCCCCGCCCGCCUCCCCGGCUUCGCCCCCUGCUGGACAAGGUGUGGGCGGCGGGUUCCCCUGGCUCCUCCCCGGCUCCGCCCCCUGCUGCACAGCCAGCGCUCCCUGCUGGACAAGGUGUGAGAGGCGGGGCUU